ACCCGUGCCCACCGGGCUCCACUCGAGGCAUACCGGCUCCGAGUUUGAGUGUGACUGCGGCGCCGGAAACAUUUAACCCGUCCUGCUUUGUUCCCGUCCACGUCUUGACGGCCAGUUAUUCCGCGCUCUUCCUUCCAGUUUUCUUUGGGCGACGUGCCGUUGGAUUUUACUUUCAGUCACUGCCCUCCUCGUCAACUGUUACUGCUCCGAGGUAAAAUCGACGUUAUGACGACGAUGUUCCAAACGCCGGCGAUCGCUCAGAGACAAGAGUCCGAGCUGAAGAGCCAAGCCCGGCGUCAAGCAAUGCAGACUCCAGAUCCACUAGAAAAGUUGCGCCUCCUAUGUUUAGCUCGGGGCUCGGACGGUAUCCUCGCUUUGGGCAGAAUUUUUCGCCGCUUGGAUGAGGAUGGAAAUAAAAUGCUGUCAAGAGAAGAAUUUCACGAGGGUAUACAAAUAACAGAUGCAGGUUUGUCGGAAGAUCAAGUCAACGAAAUUUUCAACAGAUUCGACCAGGACCAGUCUGGCACGAUUAGUGUGACCGAAUUCUUGUUAGCUGUUAGGCCACCGAUGUCGGCACAAAGGCAACGUGUGGUGAGGGAAGCUUUCAGUAAAAUGGAUCGAAGCGGAGACGGGAAAAUCACCGUCGACGAUAUUAGAUCUGUCUAUUCAGUGAAAGCGCAUCCACGAUAUCUCAGUGGAGAACAGUCAGAAGAACAAAUACUCAACACUUUUCUUCACAAUUUUGAAAAAGGAAGGAAGGACGGCAUGGUGACGGAAGAAGAAUUUUUGAACUACUAUGCCGGUCUGAGUGCUUCCAUUGAGAACGAUGCUUACUUCGAUUUGAUGAUCCGUCAAGCUUACCAAAUUUAAUUUAUUGCCUCUUACGCUAUCAAGAGACUCAGCAACAUGUAUAAAACUGAGUCUCGUUAUUUUUCUAUACACUUCAUAGCUAAUAAAAAGGAAGGGGGAAAAAUGAAAGAAAAAUCUGUAAAAAUGUAGAUCUUUUACGAAACUCAGAGUACACUUUUAAGUUUGAGUCGUGAGAAGGAAAUAGUUUUUGCAAGUCCGCAAAGUUUAGAGAAGUCAAGGGCUGCUUAUUGAAAUCGAUAGGUAGACAAAAACGGUGGGUAAAGUAGACAAAUGGGAGCGAUCCUAUCGGUAAAGGCGCGGUGAUUGGCGUUAGUAAUCGAUUAUCGAUAAUUCCACAUUUGAAGCUGUGGUAAAAAAUCGAUUAUUAAGGUGUUCGUUACGAACACCCUGUUUAUCGAUCCUUUUCCAUAGGUUU